AUGGCGGGCGAGUCGGGGCCCUCGUAUGUGUCGUUGCCAAAGGCUAUGACGAUAGCUGCCUUCUACGGAAUAUCCGUCUACAACUCGAUCGAGAUUCUCUUCACCAUCUUCCACCGGUUCAAAACCCGCAAAGGGCUGUAUUUUUGGAGCAUGCUUACCGCAUGCAUUGGCAUCCCCGUCCAUGCGACCGCUGUGCUGCUGCGCAACUUCGGCCUGGCGCCGAACGUGCCAAUGUGUGUCUUUAUUGUCCUGGGCUGGUGGGCCAUGGUCACUGGUCAGGCUGUAGUCCUUUAUUCGCGACUACAUCUGGUCAGCGAUCAGAAGAUCCGCUGGGUGCUGAUGAUGAUCGUAUUCAACUUCAUCGCCCUCCAUCUGCCAGUAUCAGGAUUGUACCUGGCCAUCAACAUACGCCCCACCGACUCACUUACCAACAUCUUCACCAUCUACGAAAAGAUACAGCUCACUGGCUUCUCUGUUCAGGAGUGGAUCAUUGCCGGCCUUUAUAUCUGGGGGGCAUAUCGCGCUCUCAACCCGAUCCUAAAGUUCAAGGGGCCGCGAGAGCGGAAAGUGAUCCGACACCUGAUUCUUGUCAACCUCAUCGUCAUCGCCAUGGAUGCCAGCCUACUCGCGACCGAGUUCACCAACAACUUCGAAAUCCAGACGACCUACAAGACCGUCGUGUACAGCAUCAAACUGAAACUCGAGUUUUACGUCCUGAACCAGCUGCUCUUUAUCAUUCAGAACCCAUCAUGUACUUGUUCCAAUGCCAACACGUCACCCGGAUACAACGAUAUCCGCCUCCUGCCUUCGAGGUCCGCUUCCACGUUAAACAAAAACAAGACCGAUCCCGCGGUUUCGGACCAGUCCGCAUCGAAGCGCACUCCUAGCCCGUCGAAGGCGACGACAAAGAGCGUUUGA